AUGAGGACAUGUGCAGGACAUGACGCUGAGCAAUCGAGAACCAUAGGCACUGAAGAUGCGGCGGAUUCAAAAGGAAGAGUGUUACCGCGGCAAAUGAUUCGUAUCCAAAGGACUGAACCAGAAGAAAACGUUGUACGGACUGAGCUGCGAUUUGUUAUUUACCAAUCGAGAAAAGAUCUGGAGGAAAAAGCCCUUUUUGAGGAAAAUAUAAUCAAUGAGGCAAUACAAUGUUUAAUGAAAAAAUAUGCGGAGAUGAAUUUCGGACAAGUGCUGCCACCAAGCAUUCCAAAAGUUGAUGCUAACACAUUUGCAAAGACAUUACCAAAAGAGGAUGUAUCCAAGUCAUUUUCAUCAAAAUAUAUCACUGAUAAGGAGUGGAUAGGAGAAGCUCAAAAACGAUUAGAAUUGGUGGCAAAACGAGUGCAGACAAUUGAGAAAAGUGCAACCUCGAUUGCUCCUGAAUUUGCAGCUUUCCAGACGCAAUUGGCAACACUAUUGACCGAUCUAGAGGAACGGAAAAGAGCUGGUGGUAGUCCUGAUGCUGCUUUCUAUAAUGAUCAAGUUAUUCGCCAAAAACUUGAGCAAUUACAGCAAUUCGCUGCAACAACUGCUCAUGAAUACAUGAAUUAUGAAGUGCAACAAAAUGGCCUCCAAGCAGAUUAA